CACCUGAACAGGUUGGGUUGUUUUCGCUCACGCCAAUUGUUCUGAUGAACACCACUAGGAAAUUACAAAACGAUUUUUGUUGGUGAUUCGGGAUUACAAAUUACCUUCUCCCUAAACCAGGACUGGAAAGAGGAAACUUUGGACGAUCGAUUUUUAAAAAAAAAUAUUUAUUUUAUCCCUCCCUUGAAAUUUCGUCUCUCUUGUAUUUUGUCCCCAGCGGCAUAGCCGUUUUAUUUUACUGCAGACCAGUUUACACUAAUGGGAAUGAUGCGAUAUGGCUAUAUAAGCGACGAUUCGUGCACAAACGGCUCACUUGUCCGUUUUCUCUGUUCCUCCCGAACCGUUGUGUGCAAGGUCGUAGAGGGGAUAUCACAAAAUUCCACUCUCAACGAAAGCCACAACGGCACGGUGACAGCGCUCUCUAUAGACAAAUGGAGCAACUACAACUUUUGGAUCGGCCUCUCGCUCGCUGUGCUCUCGGCCUUCCUGAUUGGUGGGAGCGUCAUUCUGAAAAAGAAGGCUUUGCUCCGCCUGGCGGAUAAAGGGGAGACCAGAGCAGGUGAAGGAGGCCAUGGAUACUUGAAAGACUGGAUGUGGUGGGGUGGCCUUCUAACCAUGGGGGCGGGCGAGGGGGCAAACUUUGCGGCCUACAUGUUCGCCCCGGCCACCGUGGUCACCCCCCUUGGAGCACUCAGCGUCUUGAUCAGUGCAGUACUGUCUUCCUUCCUGUUGGGGGAGUCUCUCAACUUGCUGGGCAAGCUGGGUUGUGUGCUCAGUCUCCUGGGCAGCACCAUCAUGGUGAUCCAUGCUCCCGAAGAGGAGGAGGUGACCACCCUUCAGCUGAUGGCUGAGAAACUGCUCGAUCCAGGCUUCCUGGUGUACGCCAGCAUCCUCCUGGUGGCCUGCCUGGUUCUGAUCUUCUACUUCUCCCCGCGAGUGGGAGCGACCAACAUCCUGGUGUACAUCGGCAUCUGCUCCCUGCUCGGGGCCUUCACGGUGUCCUCCGUCAAGGGCCUGGGCAUUGCCAUCCGCACCUUCUUCACCGACGCCUCCGUGGUGCAGCAGCCCCUCACCUGGGUCCUGCUGAUCACCCUGGUGGCCUCCAUCGUCACGCAGGUCAACUACCUGAACAAGUCCCUGGACGUCUUCAACACCCUGCUGGUGUACCCCAUCUACUACGUCUUCUUCACCACCGUGGUGCUGGCCACCUCCAUCAUCCUCUUCAAGGAGUGGGGCUCCAUGUCAGGCGUGGACGUGGUGGGCACCGUCUGCGGCUUCCUGGUUAUUGUCCUGGGCGUGGGCAUGCUGCACCUGUUCAGGGACAUCCAGGUGUCACUCGCCAGCCUGACCCAGUCUUUCAGCCCACGGUCUGAGGCGGAGCUGGAGGAGGAGAGGAGGAGGGUAGAAGACAAGCACAUCCUCAUCGAGAACAUGGAGUGCCUGCCACCGAUGAGGGAGGACGGGCCCAGAGUCUUCAUUAUCAGCUGAGGGUCAUUGGAUAAUGGAUGUUGUACAUAUGUAUAUGUGUAGUGUUAACAUUUUUACUCCAGAUAUAUGUGACAUGACCUUUGAACUGCUGCCGUUGAGUAUUCCCUUUGAUGACACGGCAAGCAGUGAGGCCUACUGUAGUUACACAGGUGUAGGUACAGUUUCACAUGCAGUACGGUCCUUAGUCUUUCACUAGUACAUUUGAUCAUUAAUUCUAGGUUACCUAUUCCAAAGAUACCCAAUCUCUUUUUUCCAGUCGUCUUUAUUUCUCACAAACAAGCUGGAAUUCAAAUUUCAGACAAAAAUACAUUUGCCUUUUCCCAGAUGCCAGUCCAUGAAAAACAGGGGUCCUGGAGAGCCACAUCUGUCUCCUGGUUUACAUUUAUCAGCCCUUUGCUGAAACAGCACAUUACACAGUUGACUGAGCUUCCGUUUUUGGGUUGCAGAUUUAAAGGUGAAAACACAAACCAGAAACUGUGGCUCUCCGAAAACAGAGUCAUGGACCCCUGCAUCAAAGUAAGUGGGGAGGGGUCCAUCUUCAUAAUGAAAUCAACUUCUCUGCAACUUACAAAAACUAGGCGGUAGCCAUGGUGUAAGAUAAAAAUAUGUUAUAUUUAAAUGUUUCUGCUGUUUUUACAUACAAAGUAAUUAUUAUUUUUUUUAUUUUUUGAAAAAUAUCCAAAAAACCCACAUUUGUGACCAGUCACACUGUAUUUUAAUAUUUACAUUUUAAGCAUUUCAAAUUGCAUUAUUUCAGUAUAUAUCUUUCAAUUAUACAAGUGCACCCCAGGUCAUAAUUUAUGUGAGUAAAAACUAUUUAAAUAGUUUUUAAAAAUCCUUUGUGGUUCUUCGAAUGGCGCUUCAUGUAUCAGUUCACAAAAAAAUUUCCCUUCUGUAUAAUCAACCAAUUAUGAGAUAAUUGAGAGAUGGAUCAUACAAAGUUAUUAUUAAAAACAUUGAAAUAUUAGCUUUUAUAAUUCUGAUUUAUAAUUCUGAUAUGCUAAAUGUACUGUUAUUUGUCUUUAACAUUUCUUAUUGUAAAAUAGGACUUCCAAUAACCAUGUACCACAUACUAAUUUUUUAAUUCAGCCCUUAAAAUAUUCUGACAUUUUUAAGAACAUUUUUACAAAUUACACAGAAUACAAGGAAUGUACAUACAUAUGCUACCCUUAUCAGGUAAUGUUGGGUAAUAAUUGUGACAUAAUAGUGUUUAUUUGUUUUUCCAUUUCAAUAUAAAAAGUGUAUCCCUCAUCCAAACAAUAUUCAGAAGAUGGUAGAAUAUUGCUGCCUGUAAGGAAACCAACAGUAUCACAUUUAAUGAUAUGAUGUUUAAAUGCUUGACUGAAAAAUAAAUGUAUACAGUGCCCUGAAAACA